UCUCUCUCUCUGUGUCUCUCAAGAAUCUCUCCCUCUCCCUCUCUCUCUCUCUCUCCAUCUCUCUCUCUCUCUCAUGUGAAAAAACGAACCUAGACGAUGCCCAUGGACCGCACCCAGCAACCCGACCCGGCAACCCGAUCCAAAACUGCAGCCGUUCUAUCCAUAGAAUGUCUGAAAGGAAGCUCCAAAGCCGACGAAUGGACAGGGGACAUGCUCCAAACGGGCGACAUAGUCGAAGAGAUCCGGAUCGGGUCUGGACCCGGAUCCGCCCUUUUCAAAGCUCCGUUCAGAGGAGGCAGAUCUUGGGUCCAGAAGGUUCUUCACAACUCAUUCAAGAACAAGGAGACAUGGAUCACGGUUCGGGUCAGGCGUGGAUCCGAAGACUUCUCGGAUCUCCAAGCUUGUAUCGUUCCCAACGAGUCCGGCGGCAAGAAACAGUACAUGUUGAGAUCCAUCGACGACCCGAAUUACGCUGUCGGGUUCUCGGACCGGUCUGAGUCGGAGUGCCUCGAGUUGCAAGCUUCAAGAGCGUUGAGAAUGGUGAAAGCAUUGUCAAGGACAAAGCUCCAAGACGGGUUCGUCUCUUAUCCAUGGGAGAGGCAAAUGCUGGAGGCAUUACCAGUCCCCGGCUCCAGCAGUUUCCUCUCCAUCCUCCUCCUCCCUAAAGCUUCUGGUUCUGGAAGGACGUUUUCGCGGUACAAUGACUUGGAAGACACGCUUGCUCGGGCGAAUGCGUGGCUUAGCCGCUCGCAAGCGGCCGGGGUCCCCAUCGUCUUCAUGAACAUCCAGACCGAAUCUUUGCUUACCAAGAUUUCGGGAGAAAUGGCGUCAGCGUCAGUGAACACGACGUCCCUAAGCGAUCUGUCGAAUCUGGCGAACGUGAGCCUCUACGGGUUCGAGGACUACCACGGCGUCGACAUCGGCGUGGUCAGAGCUGUUCGCCUCUGGUACGCUCCUCUCGCCGGCGAGCUUCCCGUUGAGAUUAAACUCAGAGACGACGACACCAAGCUCGGCUUCUCCAUUAGCCGAACCGAAGAGGGCUUCAUAUACAUCUCCUCGGUCACGGAAAGUGACGACGACGACGAUGACAGUGUUCCGGCGGUGCGUUCAGGCCUAACCGCGCUGUACAACGAAGCCGCGACCGCGUCGAAACGCCUGAUCGUGUCUCGUGUCUCCAACCAGAAGGUCCUUCCGUGGAUGGUCUCCUCCACUGGUGCCAUACGUUGCUACGACACAAUCUCCAUCAGCCAAAAACUGUCCCUUCACCGGCACGCAAAGGUCCCCAUUGUCCUCCACGUGUUGCUCUGGGAUUCCUCGUCGGCGUCUUCCCACGUGGCGUCCCCUCCUAUCGGGAACUAUGGGUCCCACCGGUUCUCCGAAGAGAUGGGACCCACGGAGUACCCGGGUGACGUGAGGUUGUUCCGACAGCCCGGCGACAGUCAGGUGGUGCCGCUUCCGUUACCGUCGGAGGAUUGUGUCGAGAUGAGUGUUCGGUCUGAACGUGACGCGGUCGGUGAACGUUCGUUUCGGUUCCAGGAGCUCCCGUUUUCAGACAAAUGGGUAUGAGAUUUCUUGACAUGUAACUUGUUUUUUUAAAAUAUAAAAAAAAACCCCUUUUUGAUAAUGUUUUGGCAUAUGUAGAUAAAAUUAUUAUAAGAAAGCAAAAUUGGUGCUGAUGUUGUUUGUAAAUUGUAUCUGUACAUAUAUACGUCCGAUUUGGUAUUUAUGAGUGUGGUAUGUA